ACAAAGAUCGACUUGGGAACUUUAUGCCCAUGUUGAGGAAGUUGAAUUUCCAAAUACCCUUCCUGGAGGCACUAUCUCAGAUGCUUAAGUAUGCAAAGUUCCUGAAAAAUCUCCUUUCUAAGAAGAAGAAGCUGAGCGAGUUGCCCACUAUGGAGCUCACCGAGGAGUGCUCAGCCAUUCCCCAGAACAAGCUUCAGCAAAAGCAGAGGGACCCAUGUUGUUUUACUAUCCCGUGCUCUAUUGGUAAACUGCAUGUGGAGAGGUCCUUGGCGGAUCUAGGCUCUAGUAUCAAUGUUAUACCUUAUAAAUUGUUCAAGAAACUAGGCCAAGGUGAACCAAGUCCAACUAGGAUGAGUAUCCAAUUAGCUCACCAAUCCACAGUUCAUCCUAAAGGCACAGUGGAAGACCUCCUAGUUAAGGUUGUCAAAUUCUUUUAUCCUGCAGAUUUUGUUGUCUUAGACAUCAAUAAGGACGCAGAAGUUCCUCUUAUACUAUGUAGGCCUUUAUUGGCCACUGUUAAGGCUCUUAUUGAUGUGCAUAAUGGGACCCUAGUUAUAAGAGAUGGCGAGGAGUAGAUAACUUUUUUCAUUGCUAAUAACUUGACUGCUCUCUCGCCUGUGCAUGCUUUAUCUCACUAGGUGCACGAGUUUGUCAUGUAUCCUUAUGUGUCUCACGUUUUGUAGGGAUCUGCAUCUAUUCCUUCUCUGGCACUCCCGUUCUCCCUGUUUCCAAACAAAACGCUUAAGGAGGAGUGGCGGCCAAAGUUGCAGGCAUCCAAGCAUGGCAAAAAGAAAUGUGGAUACCACUAUGAGCUGGUCCCAGCUUUUGAGCUACGACCACCCUGGCCAUCUUAGUAUUCACUUGCUUGUAUCCUGCUAGAUGGAAAGAUCGAGUUAUCCUGUGCUGACGGCCGUGCCCUCCGGGUGCAUGACCACCAUUUAAAGUUGUACCUCAAGAGUGAUGUAGAUCCGCUCUUGGAGGGACAUGCUCCUAAUAUGCUAUGAGCAUUCACCUUAUGCGUCCAACUAAAAGAUGGUAAAAAAGCGCUUGUUGAGUC